GAUUGGUAUGUUUUCUCCUAUUUUCAUGGUUUCUUCUUCUCUGUUUACUUUGUGCCCUUUCGCUUUCUCGCUUUAUCACUUUAUACUAGAGAAAAUUGGUUUUAGGGCUUUGAAAUUGCAGUGAUCUAUAAGGGUUUUAUGGGUUUGUAUCACACUUUUGGUGUCUCUGUGAUGGCGAAAUUUGGGUUUGAUUUUAGGGUAGUGGAAUUUGUACCGUUUGUGUGUAGAUCCGUUUGAAAUGUUUUUGAAAUGGUUACAAUUUUCGCGGGUCUCGUACUGGUUUGAUUGAUUGCAUUGAAUGAAAUGUGCAUUAGGUUUUUUUUUGGGUUCGUAGUGAUUAUGAGAUGCAAAUGGUAUUGGGAGUUUUGAUUGUGGGUUUGGUGAAUUGUGGUUUAGGUUAGGUUAGAUAGAAUUUGAAGAUCUGUGAUCGUAAUUGUGUUUAUUUGGCUUUGAUUGGUUUUGGUUCAUCAUCAGUGAUUAUAUUGUUGUUAGAUUUCGAGGGGAGGCUUCAUUUAAAUCUGGAUACACCUAUUGUUAAGAUGUUUGAUUGCAUUAGAUGAUAGAUUCUCUAGAUCUUUCUUUUAUGAGCCUUGUGUAUCUCUUUAACCAUAGGUUAAGUUUGGUGAAUUGUGGUUUAGUUUAGGUUUAUCUCUUGUUAGAUAGAGUUUGAAGAUCGUAGUUGAGUUUUUGUGGCUUUGAUUGGUUUUGGUUCUUCAUCAGUGUUUAAAUGUUGCUAGAUUUUGAGGGUCUUCAUUUUAAUCUGGAUAUUAGUUAUUGUUAAGAUGUUUGAUUGCAUUGGAUUGAUAGAUUCUCAAGAUCUUUCUUUUAUGAUCCUUGUGUAUCUCUAUUAUAUUCAGCUGAUUGUUGCGGAAUCUGUAUUCCGUGGAUACGCGCACCAAUAUGUAUUCAACGGGUUCACGGGCAAAUUUGUUUGUGUUUUAUGUGGCUUGGAUAUGGUAAUUUCAUAAUAUAUGGCCAAAGAGUGGUUCUCUUUAUGUGUUUUUAAAUGUAAUGUUACCUUAGGAAGGUCGAACCGGGUUUGUUUAGUAAAAUUCGGGGUCCUUCUACCGGUUGAGAAUAAUGCUACCGGAUAAGAUUGAUUUUCUUGAGCUAAUGAUUUGCAUUUAUGGUUUUACCCAGUUGGACUAGAUCUGCAUCUAUAUCAAAUUUUGGGACCUUGUAGCUAGUUAAACCUCAUGUGGAAACAAAUCUACCGUUUCUAGGAAAAUGUUUGGAACGUUCCGAGGAGUCUGUUGAAGAUCCUCGAUUCUAAAAAGCUUCCAGAGGACAAUAAUUUGUGACGGAGUAACUCUCGAGGACAUGGAAUGCAACAAGGAUGAAGCGAAAAGGGCAAUGGAUAUUGCUGAGAGGAAGAUGACAGAGAAGGAUUACACUGGGGCGAAAAAGUUUGCUAACAAGGCUCAAAACUUGUUUCCCGAGUUGGAUGGUCUGAAACAAUUGUUUGUGGCAAUCAAUGUUUAUAUCUCGGGAGAGAAAACAUUCGCCGGAGAAGCUGAUUGGUAUGGUGUCCUUGGUGUAGACCCCUUUGCUAGUGAUGAAGCACUGAAAAAACAAUACCGGAAAUUGGUUCUUAUGCUCCAUCCGGAUAAAAACAAGUGUAAAGGCGCUGAAGGUGCGUUUAAUCUGGUUGCAGAAGCUUGGGCUCUACUAUCUGAUAAGGAUAAGAGAAUCUUAUAUAACGUAAAGAGGGGCAAAGAUGUCAAAGCAGCUCAACAAAGAUUCCCAACAACACAGAGAGAGAUUCCAUCACACCAGCCAACUUCCAACGGGAUUCCAAAUGUAAGAGAGCAUGUAGUUUCGAGUGCUAGGGCUAGAUAUAAGCCUGCUACCCGUAAGCCUGCUGCCCGUAUGGAUAGAUCUCGCACGGGUUCGCCUGCUUUUGUUUAUCCGACACAGGAGAGUAGUACCUUUUGGACCAUGUGCAACAAAUGCGACACACAAUAUGAGUACCAGAGGGUUUAUCUCAACCAAACAUUGCUUUGUCCACACUGCCAUCAUGGUUUCGUUGCAGAAGAGAAAACUCCGCCUACAAAUAUUCCGAAGCCCCCAGUCAACAUCUCAUCUAACCAACAUCACCGGAGUUCCAAAAACCAAGCGUCGAACAAGAACUCAAAUGGUUCUUCUUAUAGGAGAGAGCCUGCAACAUCUGUUAACCAUAAUUUUCAGUGGGAUUCAUCAAGAAUGGGUGGUUCUUACAGCCGAAAUGCCACAAAUGAAACGGCGAAUGUAGUUCAGCAAGGACAAGAUAAACUGAAAAGAGUGUUUUGGGAGACGCAAGAAAGGGAGGCGGCUAGAGGAUUUACAAACUCUGAUCUGGGGAAUUUUAAGAGGCAGAAGACUGAUGAUUCCCAUAUGCGUGGUCCAUCUGCAGGCAAGUUGUCGAAUCAAAUAGGUGCAAGUAGGUCCAGUACUCCUUUUUAUGCUGCCAAUGAAAAUACUGAAUCUUCCAACACCAUAGGCUCUCGUCAUCCGUAUGUACAAGCAUUGUUACGUUCUGAUAUAAAGAAAGCUCUUAUGGACAGAGGCCAGUCAGAGAUUUUUAAGAGACUUCCUAUGAUGAUCGCUAAAAUGGAAGGGAAGGUGAACCCAACUGAAGGGGAGAAGAACAGUACGAAGGCAAUGAGUAGCAAGGCAAGUGAGGUUGAAAGGAGCAAGAUGAGUAGCACGGCGAAUGAGGUUGAAAGGUCAGUUGAGGUAAUUCCCCAUGAGUCAGAUGAAGUGAAGGAAAUCGUUGUUCCAGAUUCAGACUUUCACAACUUUGAUCUUGACCGAUCUGAAAGUGCUUUUAAAGACGAUCAAAUUUGGGCUGCUUAUGACGAUGCUGAUGGAAUGCCUCGGUUUUACGCCCGCAUCCAAAAGGUGAUUUCUGUGAAUCCUUUUAAGUUGAAAAUCAGUUGGCUCAAUUCCAAAACCACCAGUGAAUUUGGUCCCAUAGACUGGAUGGGUGCUGGUUUUGCUAAAUCAUGUGGGGAUUUUAGGUGUGGGAGAUAUGAAUCUACAGAUACACUAAAUGCCUUUUCUCACAGUGUCGAUUUUACCAAAGGUGCAAGAGGACUCCUCCAUAUUCUUCCCAAAAAGGGACAAGUUUGGGCAUUGUAUCGAAAUUGGUCCCCUGAAUGGGACAAGAAUACCCCUGAUGAAGUUAAACACAAGUAUGAGAUGGUGGAAGUUCUUGAUGACUAUACAGAAGACGAUCAGAGUCUAACGGUGGCUCUCUUACUCAAAGCUGAAGGGUUCAGGGUAGUUUUCCGCAGAUGCACAGAGAAACUUGGUGUGAGGAAGAUUGCCAAGGAAGAAAUGUUAAGAUUCUCCCAUCAGGUGCCUCAUUACAUUCUUACAGGGAAAGAAGCUGAUAACGCACCGGAAGGUUUUCUGGAACUAGACCCUGCUGCAACUCCUUGUGCAUUCUCUUCAGAGAACGCAGAGGCGGAUGAGAAAAGUGAAGCUGUGAAAGAGAAUGAGCAAGGUGAAGCCGUGAAAGAGAAUGAGGAAAGUGAAGCUUUGAAAGAGAAUGAGGAAAGUGAAGCUGUGAAAGAGAAUGAAGAAGUGGGUAUGGAUCUAGAUUAGGGGGGUAUGAAGGUAGUAGCAGUCAGUACAGUGUACAAUGGAGGAAGAAACAUAUCGUAUCAUCUCAUUAGGGCACAGGACUAAUCAAUGUCAGGUCUGAUCUUUUGCUUUUUUCUAUUUUUUCUUUCUUUUGUUUAAGGUUGACCCAGAAAGUAGCCAUAUUUUGGCAUAAGAAACUAUCUAUACCGGAAAAAUUAACCUGAGUAUUUCGAAUAUUUUUUGGGGGGGUCAAUGUACAAUCUUUUUUGGUAUUUUGGUAUUUACUCAAUAGACCAGAAAGAAUCUUGUAAGAACUCAGUUUGGGAUUCGAAUAUAUAUAUGGUGGUUAUGGUUAUUU